UGAGACACAGAGCAAGGCGGCGAGACACUGGCAUAACUGAUUUAACCAGACCGGGACAGAACGACACUCAAGUCCGAGGGAGAUGGAGGAGGAGAUGCUACCUGCAGACGAAGGUCUCUCUGCGCCCAAAAUCUGCAGGCAGCAGCAGCAGCAGCGGAGUCCGUACAGCUCCCUCAAGACCUUCCCGAGCAAGCGCGCGGCGGGCAAGGCGAGAUAUGACAGACCCACAAUGGUGAACAUCCCGCAGCUCGGAGACCAUCCUCAUCAUCUCGGUCAGCAGCAGCAGUAUUCACAGCGCGUGCCGCUUCCGCCAGCGUCCCUCUCCAUCAGCAGCAGCCAGCAGCACCGUCUCCCCUGCGAAAUCAGGCCCAGCAGCAGAGUCGCGACAUCCAGCGCGGCAUCAGCGGGGAGCGCCGCGGCGGCGACAUCAUUUGGCAACCAGAGGAGGGUCGCCGGCCAGGAGCCCGGCAGAUACCCGGCGGGUCGCGCCGAGCUCAGCCACCAGUCUCCAGACUGCACCUAUGGAAUAAGCUCAGAAAACCGGCUCAUAUUGGAUGCUUUUGCCCAGCAGUGCAGUCGAGUACUCAGCCUCCUCAACAGCAACGGACGGCUCCUUGAGCCCCAGCCUUCUCUCGUCCCUCCAUCCUCUUCCAUCUCCUCUCUUAUAAAACAGGAGGACAGCUGCCUGUCUCCAGGAGAGAGGCUCAGUUCUAAGCCCAGAUCAGAGGACUCAUCCCUGGAGAACACAGGUGAGGAGAGCCAACGGGGCAACCACUGGAGCCAGCAGCAGACUUCCGCUUUCCUCCAGAUUUUCACAGAGUCGCUUCAGAACUACCUGCUCUCUGGACCCCAGUCAUCAGACAGUGAACGGAGUCGCCCGGUAGAGGCUGAACCGGCAGCAUCAGGGUCCCCGAGGCAGAUCUUAGGUGGCUGGGCUUCACCAGCACCGUCUGAAUCAUACGGACACCCCUCGUCCACACUGCCUGAGGAAGAUGAGGAGGAAGGUUGUUGUCCACGCUGUAUGGAGCUGGAACAGGAAGUUCUUAGUCUACAGCAGGAAACCGAGGAACUGAGACAAAAACUGGACAAUAUACCAGCUCCUUGCCAGAAUGUUCUGGACUUUUUUAAGACUGUUCUUCAGCACUACAACCAAUUUGUGCAGCCCCAGCCUGAAGAGCAGCUUACCGAGGUGAGCCUGACAAAAGACCGUUCAGUGAUGUUAAAAUAG